ACAAGCUUUGCUCUAUCCGACUCCGAACGCGAUCUACAGAGUUUGGAGUGUGCCAGACACUGCUGUACAAGACAGUCAUGGCUGGCUUUGGGAACAAGUUGAGCUCUUACUCAAUAAUUCAGCUAAGCGAACUGCUCGAAGAUGACGAGAAGCUCAACAAAAUCAUUGACGACACAGAAGAGAUUAAAGGACUACAGCAGAAUAAGGAGAUGACACUGGCUAGUAACCGGCUUCUGGCUGAGCAGAACCUUCAACUCCAGCCCAGACUAGACCACCAAAAGAAUGAGCUAACCAAACGCUACCGGUGCCUACAGGAGCACUUUGAGGCCUGUCAGCUGCGCAAGUCCUCUCUAGACCACAAGUCUGGAAACACUUCCUUGGACACAUUGCUUGCUCUCCUACAAGCAGAAGGGGCCAAAAUUGAGGAAGAAACUGAGAAUAUUGCUGACACUUUCCUUGAUGGCGCAGCCACUCUAGACACAUUCAUUGAUGAGUACCAGAGUAAGAGGAAGCUGGCACACCUUAGAAGAGUGAAGAUCGAGAAGCUCCAGGAAAUGGUACUAAAUGGUCACCACAUGGCCUCAGCAGCCCCUCAGCCCUCUCGAUCUGAGGACCUCCCGUCCAGGCCAGCUGAUCUCCAGAGAGAGGUCAAUGGAUCCCCUAUGCCGAUGCCCCGCCGGGCUCCUCCUCUCCCUCCUGUUAAAGUUCCCCCAAGUCCUACUAUCCAGCCUGCUGCAGCUGUCACCUACCCCGCUGCCACUCCAUACCCCCCCUCCUCUCCAUACCCUCCCUCCACUCCAUACCCUCCUAUUCCUCCCAGAGUCGGAAAUCCACCAUCUAGUCUUAACCAGGGAUACCCCAGCAUGUAUAUGCAGCAAUACCCCCCGACUGUCCCCCAGAGACCCCCACCACGCAUGGCACCCCAGCCAGGCUUCAUCAUUCAAUGAAUGGGGCCUUACGGUUUAUAGAGAAGGGACAGUAUAAACACUGAACAUUCAUGUAAGACUUUUGUAAGUCCUUCAGGCUGAAUAUUAUAAAAUAUUGUGCAGGAAUAUGCCAGGAUGGAGUCUUGUCAUGACAAAUUAACUAGACAUUUCUGCUAUCAAAGGCGCAUCUUCAACAUGACCUUCAAUUUGCACUUUAGACUUUUUAUUGUAUUGAAACAGUCAUGGCUGGCUACAGAGUGUUGCUAUUCUUGUUCUGAUUUUUGGGCUCCCUUCAGCAGCAUUAGAUCAAGUCAGAUUGCUUAGUCAAUUUAAGUUUUAAAUGAGCCACAGGGGCUUCCAUACAUUAGGUUAAUAUAAGUGAAGAUAUCAAAAUUCAGGAUCUGGUUCUGGUUCUGUCCUCUUAGUUAUCCGGUUAGACAAAUAUGAGAAGCUGCAAUUUAAUGUUUUGAUUUGUGUUUGAGUUGUAUGUGAUCCAGUCAAGUUCAUACUAAUAUGUAAAUUCAUCUACUUUAAUUUCUUCUGGCAUUUCAUACAUGAAAAAGCUUUUUUAACAUUAACAAUAGUGAUGCCUAUGCAAACAAACUGAAAACGGACUGUGUUGAGUUUAUGGAGGGAACCAAAACAAACAUUUUUGCUCUCCAGAUUAUUUCAGACAUGCAGCUAAAUAUGUUAUUUCACUGGAACCAGUUCUUAUAAAAGUAUGUGUGCUUGUAGCAGUAGAGAACAGGGUGAUUUGAUACCAAUUUCUUUAAGAAAAGUCAGAUCAUUUGAGGUAAAUGCUGGUGAAAUAAUUUGGUACUAAUUUGGUGGAUGAAAUUGGGUGGUGGGAGCUAGUAAUGCCUUAUGUGUCUCAGAUGUAAGCAAAUUCAUGCUGAUGGAGGGAGUUAAUUAGAUCAAUUUUGGAAUAAGUGGAGAAAACAAAACAAGCGAAUGAGUUAUCUUUAGUAAAUGUGUCAUGUGUGGUGAGUAUGAACAUUUGUGAGGCAUAUUACCGUGCAUACUUAAACUAAUGCUUGAUGCAUAAUUUACCAUUUUAAUGUUUAUAAAUAACACUAAUCCUACAUGUACUUAUUUUUGCCAUCUGGUGUGAAGUUGUUCAUUGAAGAUGCUCAUUAUUUCCAUACCACACAUCUUAAUUGACUUCAAAUAUUUUCAGCUAAUAUAGACAUAUCAUUUUAAUACUUCUGACAAAUUUUAUGUAACUAUUGGUAAAUUUGGAGUUUGGAUGUACUUAUGUCAGGUCUGUUACAUAUCUAUGUCUUGUUCUCCAUCCAUAAUCUAUUGUAUAACCAUUGCCCAUGCCUUUUGUUUUCACCUUAGGCCUAUAUAUAUAUAUAUAAUGCAUCUUUUGGGUUGGUAUUGUCUGUGUGUGUCUACCACUGAAAGAGCGACUUUGUGCCUAGGCUGGGUGAGCUGAGGACUUGUUAUUGAGGUGACCAAUGUGGUGUGUGCUUCAUGUGCCUCCUUACUUUCCCGCUGUAUAGUAAGUCAUUUAAAAACUCCAGAAUACAGAAUAUUUUCAAAAAUGUGCUGUUUAUACAGGUGCACCCUUACAAGUGUCCUUUUAUCGAAAUAUCUUAUGUUUGUUUUACUGAUUAGAGCCAUAAUUAUGUCUCACGUUCAGGAACUUUUCAUGAGGAAGAGAGUAACUUUGUCCUCUUUAAUCUCAGUUGCUGCUACUUUUUUCUGUCAGUAACAUUCAUUUAAUGAGCCGAGACCAGAUCUCUUACAACACAUUAAUAUGCAGGCUCUGUUUGAAUUAAAUCACUCCACGUUUGUCAAAAUGUGGGUAUCUGCUUUAUCUUGAUACUGAUGAGCACCAGAUCUAAGGGUAGAAUUAUUUGCAUACUAUAUGAAUCAAAUUAUUUUAUGUCUGGUGCAUGACAUACCUGUGAAAUACUGUACUAUGACAGGCUUGCCAAUAAUCUGGAUAAACCAGUUUACUGUCUUGGAAAUGUUUGUAUGUAUAGACAUGUUUGAAGUGUCUUAGAAAUAAUAAUAACUCUUAGGUUUGUAACUGGUAAAUCAGCUGAAAUAUAAAUGUUGGCAAUAUAAAAUUUCGUUUUUUAUUCUCCAAUUGUUACAUAGACUAUGCUGUGCUAGUUAUUGCCUAUUAAAAGUAGUAGAAAUGGUAAAUGGAACUGAAAUUUCUAUUUUAAAGACAAUAAAAGCAUGGAACUGACAUCUCUAUUUUAAAGACAAUAAAAACUAUCCCAUCACUUUAUCAUGAGUUUAACGUUUUUAUGU